UUAUAUAUAUUAUGCGUCCCUCCCCCGCGCCAUCGGUAUUUCCCCUUCUCUUGCAGAGCUUUCCCGUCGAUUCGGCUCUCGCCGGCGCCGAUUAUCUAAAGAUCGGAAGGGUUUUUUCUAUUUGGUACGAGGGCUGUUGAAGGCUCAUACCACUGCGAUAGAAUACUUCACACUAAACACAACCUUCGAGCGUGGAAGCUUUUUCGAAGAUUAGAUUAAAAAAGGUUCAGAACACAGGAUUUCAUUAAAUGAAAAAUUGAAUCCCGUCAUGCAAUUUCGGAGAGACUCUGCAUCCACGAGGCUAAGGUGAAGAUCGAGGGAGUUCUUCUUCUGAUACCAGAUUGUGCAUUUGAGUGAACACUGAAGCUCGAGGGCUGGUGGAGGCUUCUUAUGAGACCAGACGUGAAAGCUGACACCAGAAAGUAGUGAAGAGACAGUUUUAUUGAUUUAGACUGAAGUUAUGGAGGAGCAGUUUGUACUCAGGGUUCCACCUUCUGUUGCUGAGCGAAUUGAACGUUUACUAAAUGAAAAUGCUUCUUCAUCUGAAGAUGGCUCAUUGGAUUUGUCAUUCUCUGAGGAUGGGAGAAGUGGCACUUUUGCCAUUGGUGAUGAUCACUUUCCAGCAUCUCUUCUGGAUCUUCCCUGUGUGGUGGAAUCAUAUAAAACUUACGAUGAUACUGUGCUAAUCAAAGCUGCAGACAUUGGCCAGAUGAUUAUGGUUAGAGAACCAAGUGACCCUGCUCCAGAAUCAACUGAGUAUAGACAUGGUCUGACCCCUCCUAUGAGGGAUGCCCGAAAACGUAGAUUCCGAAGAGAGCCAGAUUUAAAUCCUGAGCUUGUACGACGUGUGGAGAAAGACUUACUGAACAUCAUGGCAGGAGGAGCUACCGAAAAUGUGGAUGUUGGAGUGGCUGAGCAACAGAAUGAUAGAGAUAAUCAUGCAAGUGCAAAGCCUGCAUCCGCACCUGCAACAAAGCCUGAUGUGAUGGAAACUGAAACAAAUGUUGGAGAGCCUGAAAGAAGUGACUCUGAUGACACUGAUCAUUCUAUUGAUUAGGUAUUAUAUUAUGUAGUUCAUGUGCAGUCUCUCUGUGUAUCAAAGAAUAUGAGGAACUAUUGUCUGUAAUCCAAUCCAAAUCUUUGGUGAUGAUAUCAAAUUGAUGAAUCAUUUCUUGUGUCUAGAAACACCGGAGGAUUUAUAUAGUACAUUUUUCGACUUU